AUGACAACAAACAACAGUAGCACCACUGCCAAUGAGUUAGGAGAUCAAGAAAAGACAUUGGCAAUUUCAAAGGAUGAGGCUGCAAAAGUAAGUAUAACUUUAGAAUCAAUCAAUCAACUUUGGUAUAGAGAACAAGUUCUUUGCUGUCGUCACCACCCAUUUCCGAGCUUGAACUCUUAA